AUGGCCGCGAAGAAGAAGGAGUUGUGGGAGGGGAUGCGCGUGCUGGCCGUCGACGAGGACCGCGUCUGCCUCAAGAUCCUGGAAGCAAAGCUGCGCCGGUUCAACUACGACGUGACACCGGCCAAGGACGGGAAGACGGUGCUGCGGACGCUGGGGAAGGCGAGGGAACCGUUCGAUCUGGUGAUCACCGAGCUCCACAUGCCGGACAUGGACGCCUUGGACCUCAUCCGGCGCAUCGCCUUCGGGAUGGGUAUACCCGUCAUCGUUCUGUCUGCGUAUGAGGACACGAAGACUGUGAGGAAUGCGUUAAUAAGUUCUGGGGCGUGUAGCUAUUUGGCGAAGCCAGUCUGCGCCGAUCAGCUCAAGAACAUAUGGCAGCAUGUUAUAAGGAGAAAGAAUGAAUUAGCAAGGAAUCACAAGAGCUGCGAUAAUACUGUGGCUGAUCAGAGGGUACAAAGAGGGAUUGCCGAGGCUGAGCAGGGUGCAAAGAGCACCAGGAUGAACUCCAGGACGAAGAGAAAUGAUGGACAUGAUUCUAACUCAGGUAAGAAGCCAAGGUUGAGAUGGACGAAGGAGCUGCACGGCAAGUUUGUGGAAGCUAUCGAUCGGCUCGGCACCAACAUAGAUAGUAAGAGCUGA